CGUCGACUCGAGUGGUGAUUGUGCAGGAGCAGAGCUGUUGAUCGAACACAUAAACGCCAGAGGUUAAAUUGUUUUAGCAGCUGACUUGAAGAAUGUCCGCCGUGGAAACUCGAGCUGUGUUUGCAGCCUCUGAGAUUCCAGCGAAGACUACAAAAUCCAAAGGUCAAAGGAGAGAUGCACUCGGAGAAAUCACCAACUGCGCUGCUGUGGCCGGCAACACAAAGCGAGUUGGUCCAGCCAAAGCUUUAGCCAAACCAUCAGGUGUCCAAAAAGUCAAAGCUGCCGUGGUCAAGCCAGAGCACCCAGUACUCCAGGUCCAAGCCCCCGCAGACCCUCUCCCCCUGGUCCUAGAGGAGUCGGCUAACGUGUCCAUGAAAGAGGAGGCGGAGCUCUACCAGGCGUUCUCCGAGACUCUGCUCGUCGUGCAUGACGUGGACGAGCAGGACGCGGACAUGCCGCAGCUCUGUUCCGAAUAUAUUAAAGACAUCUACGCUUAUCUGCACGUCCUGGAGGUGCAGCAGUCUGUGAGACCCAGAUACAUGCAGGGUUAUGAAAUCACAGGCUCCAUGAGGGCGCUGCUGAUCGACUGGCUGGUGCAGGUCCACUCCAGGUUCCAGCUGCUCCAAGAGACUCUGUACCUCACCGUCGCCAUCCUGGAUCGUUUUCUCCAGGUUCAGCCGGUGACCCGCAAAAAGCUGCAGCUUGCCGGCGUGACCGCCAUGCUGGUGGCCUCCAAGUACGAGGAGAUGUACAGUCCGGAGGUGGGAGAUUUUGCCUACAUCACAGACAACGCUUUCACAAAGUCUCAGAUUCUGGAGAUGGAGCAGAUGAUUUUGAAGACCUUGAAGUUUGACCUGGGCCGUCCUCUUCCUUUGCACUUCCUCAGGAGGGCGUCCAAGGUGGCAAACUCUGACGUUGAGAAACACACUCUGGCCAAGUAUCUGAUGGAGCUGACCCUCCUGGACUACGACAUGGUUCACUAUCACCCCUCUGAGGUUGCCACUGCGUCUCUGUGCCUCGCUCAGCUGCUGCUUGACGGCCAGCCGUGGUCGGAAACUCAGCGGCACUACUCGACGUACGACAAGGCCCACCUGAAGCCCAUUAUGCAGCACAUCGCCAAAAAUGUGACGACUGUGAACGAGGGCAAGACAAAGUUCCAGGCUGUCCGGAACAAAUACUUGAGCAGCAAGCUGCUGAAAGUCAGCCUCCUCCCUCAGCUGAAGUCAGCGGUCGUGAAGCACUUGGCGGCUGCGGCGGCACUGAGCUCCUCCUGAGCCGUGUUCGGCUUCCAUGGACACUUUCAUUGCACUUUAUUUAUUCUUUUUUUAGAUUCACCUCUGGAGCAACUUCUAGGUUUUUA